AAAUUUCUUUAAAAAUAAUAAUAAAUUAAAAUUUUAUAAUUUUAAUUUUUAAGAUAAAAAACUAAUUAUAUUUAAAUUUUGAAAAAAAAUUGACAAAAAUGAAUCGUUUAUUUGGAAAACCGAAAGAUAAAGCUCCAGCGCCAGAUAUGACAGUUGUCAUUAAAGGAGUUGAUGAUAGAGCUGAAUCAAUUGAACAGAAAAUCAAUAGACUUGAUAAGGAGUUGAAAAAGUUGAAAGAUCAAAUGAUGAAAAUGAGAGAAGGUCCAGCAAAAAAUUCACUCAAGCAAAAAGCAUUAAGAGUGUUAAAACAACGAAAACAGUAUGAAAGUCAAGCGGAAAAUUUAAGAAAUCAAUCAUUUAAUAUGGAACAAGCAUCUUAUGCUGUUCAAUCUUUAAAAGAUACUCAGUCUACAGUUGUUGCAAUGAAAACAGGCAUGAAACAAAUGAAAAAAGAAUUUAAGAGUAUAAACAUUGAUGAUAUAGAAGAUUUACAAGAUGAAAUGGCUGAAAUGUUAGAUCAAUCUAAUGAGGUUCAAGAAGCAUUGGGUCGAACAUAUGGUGUUCCUGACAUAGAUGAAGAUGAAUUAAAUGCUGAAUUGGAAGCACUUGGAGAUGAAUUAACUUUAGAUGACGAUACAUCAUACCUAGAUCAAGUAAAUGUCCCAGAUAAAGAACCAGAACAAAAAGAACCUAGUAAACCUGGAGAAAUAGCUGUUGAUGAAUUCGGUCUUCCCAAAAUACCAACCCAAAUCUAAUUAUGUGAUUAGCCUUGAACAAAAUACUAAUAAAAUAAUUUAAUAUAAUUGUAUAAUUAUUGUAAGUUUCUUAUUUUGCUAAUUAAAAAAAAAAUGUCUAUUAUAAAAAUGUGUCUAUUUAUUAAUAAAUUAAAUUUGUAUGUACAUAUUAAUUUGUAUGAUAAGUAGAAUUAUUAAUUAAAAUUACUUGAAUCUAU